CCGACGAAGUACUAGGAUUUGGAAGCCUACAUGGUGCGACGCAUGACCUUACGACGCUCUCAUUGGCCCACACGCUGAAUUGCUUUACGGGAGAACAUCUACAAAUCACGAUGUUGCGGCGCUUGGCUGAGAUCCAGCUUGACCCCAAUGUGGCCACAAUUCGAUCGGAUAAGCCCGCACGCCGUAUAUAAGGGAUCGCGCGGACGCAGGAGCUCCUCAAAACCACGACGCCUCCGCGUUGUGGCCCAGUGUGCGCGUUCUAACGAACGCGGUGCGGAUACAUGGACGACGGAUCGCUUCUCCAAACCUGGCAGGGUUUGGAAUGGCGAUGCACCCAUGAGAGGUCUUUUGAUCACCUUGGGUGUCGUGCUCCUCGGAGCAUCGAGGCUGCCAGUGGUCGAGAGUCCACUGUCGGUCCCAAGCUCGGCCUCUGGGCAACGUCCGAGGUCGAGUUUCCAGUCGUCCCAUCUGCACUUAGCCGCACCCCGCCGGCGCGUUCUGUAGCGGACGCGCUGGGCGCUUGACAGGCGACCGCGCUCUACGACGGCGGGAUAUCCCAGCUGCCUUGUGUCUGGCGCGCAACGCAGGGUACUGGCGCCGCGCUAAGUCACUGGAAUCCUUUGACGAGGCCAGGCGAUCGCGCGCUGCGCGCGCGGUGGAUGCCAUGUCGUAUCGGAAGAUGAGCUACGGAUGCCACGUUUAGCGGUCCUGAGUAUUCCGGGAAAGCUCGAAUUUUUCGCUCAGACCUGUCUAUGCUUUGCACUCUAGGUGCUUCGCUCGUCAUAGAUCUGAUAGCUACUAGUAGAUGUAUCUCAUUGCUUCUUGCAGCUGUAUUUCCUGAAUAUCGACUAGCGUCCUAAGUC